AUGGACCCCCAUUACAGUGCCCAAAACAUCCUCCUCUGUGACCUGUGUCAAACAGCUGCAUUACAGAGUCAUUGUAAACUUUGUCGUGUAAACCUCUGUAUAGUCUGUGUUGGAAAACAUCUAUCUGAUGCAUCUACAAGACACAAUAUUGUACCAUACAUAAAACACAGAACGUCUUCCCCUAACUACCCUAUAUGUCCAAACCACACUCAGAAACUGUGCAGACUUUACUGUGAGAAAUGUGACAUUCCUGUCUGUUCUACCUGCAUCUCCUCUGAUAAACAUCAUGGGCAUAAAUUAAGAAUUGCUCUGCUAAAACAAAGUUCUAAAACAAAAGAUUUAGAAAAUAACUUGCAAGAAAUCGAAGAAAGAAUUUAUCCUACAUACGAAGAAAUUGCAUCAGAUUUAGACUCUGAAAUAGUGAACUUGGAUAAACAUUAUGAGAAACUGACGACAGCUGUCACCAAACAAGGAGAAGACUGGCACAGAGAAAUUAACAUUAUUGUCAAAAACCAACAAUUUGAAAUUGAUGAGAUGAAAAUUAAACACCUCGCUGCUCUAAAUAAACAGGAAAAAGAAAUCAAACAGAUUAUUUCUGAAUUAAAACAGAGCAUAGUUGAUCUGAAGAAAAUACUGAACUCCAAUGAUAUCUCCCUUACCUCUGCGUACAAAUCCAGAAAUGCUGAAUUCAGAAGUAUACCUUCUAAAGUCAAUAUUUCACUACCAAGUUUCUCUCCUCAUCAGAUCAACACAGAACAGCUCCAUCAAAUGUUUGGUUCUCUGUCAGCGUUAUCCAUUACAACAGAGGAACAUGGCUGCAAAAUGAAGACACCAGAAGCUGUAUCCUGUCCUCCAGUCAAACCACUGCUUGAUGAACCUGAGCUCUUCACCACCAUAGCUAGGUAUUCCAGACUACACAGUCUUACCUGUCUCAGUGAUGAAGAAAUCUGGACAUGUGGAUUAAGAAAUAUCAUGGAACUCUACAACCUCCAGGGUAAACUACUGAAGUCAAUCCAAACCAAGUCAGGGAGCAUACCACGUGACAUGGCAGUGACAAGGAGUGGAGAUCUUGUUUAUACUGACCCUGAUGCAAGAACUGUAAAUAUAGUGAAGAAUAAAAAGAUACAGGAAGUGAUCAGCCUACGGAGGUGGACUCCUCACUAUGUUUGUUGUACCUCCUCUGGUGACCUCCUGGUAACCAUGGUCAGUAAUGAUUAUAAACAAUUAAAAGUUGUCCUUUACUCUGGGUCCACAGCGAAAAAAACCAUUCAGUUUGACAGUGAAGGAAACCCCCUGUUUUCAUCUUGUUACUUUAUCAAUGAGAACAGGAACCUGGAUAUCUGUGUUGCUGACAAUAGUGCCCGUGCAGUAGUUGUGGUUAAUCAGGCAGGAAAACUCCGAUUUAGAUACACUGGUCAUCCCUCUACUACCAAGGGACCGUUUGAUCCAUUUGGCAUCACAACUGACAGCCAGAGUCAGAUCCUGACAGCAGACUAUAAAAACUGCUGUAUCCACAUCGUAGAUAAGGAUGGACAGUUCCUCCGUUACAUUGAUAACUGUGAUCUACUGGAUCCAUGGAGUUUAUGCGUAGACAGCAAAGACAACCUCUUUGUGGCCUACAAGUAUUAG